AUGUUCCUGGAGCAUGGUUCGUUUGAAAGUCUUGAGAUUCGCAUCAAGAAGAAGCACAUCGAGAGCCAGUCUCGUGCGAAGUCUGGUGGGUGGUAUACAAAGGGGCAGCUAGAGGGGCAACACCAGUGGACUAAGAAAAUGGUGGAACGUGCCUUUCAAUGGGCAGAGCAAAAUAAGAAGACCAGGGUGAAUGCUGUUCAUGGGGAGCCUGAAGCGUUCCUAUUGAUUUCGGACACAGUUGCCUUCACCAGUACGGACAUAGAAGAAAAUGAGCAAUCUGGCGCCAUCGAAUGUGAGGAUCCACAGGGCACCCUCUUGGACACCAACAUGACCAACAUCAACGCUGGUGACGAUGCCUUGUUGAGCAGUGCCCCCGGUGCAUCUUCGUCCUCCGGGAAUGGGGUUCCAGGCCCAUCCAAUGUGGGCACGAUGGCCACAGCUGGGGUGAUGAUGACGUUUCCUACGCUGGUGGCCAACACGUCGCCUUUGAUGAUUCUCCCACAAUUCGUGGAAGUUCUGGGCAAGAAGAUUGAUAAGAUUAACACUGAGCUGGACAGAAUGGGUUUAUACACAAAAUAA